AUGUAUAAAACGACGCUGUUGAAUCUGGGAAUACCAAAGACGCUUCCUCAUACGCCAAGUAGUGGAUCUGUACAGGUAAAUCAAGAUAAGGAUCUAUUCAAAGGUUUAAGAGACGCUUACUGGUCAGAUGAUGAGGAAGAUAGAGAUUGUCCACUUUGCUUAGAUGAAAUGGACAUAUCUGAUUUGAACUUCAAGCCGUGUCCCUGUGGAUAUCAAAUCUGUAGAUUCUGCUGGCAUCGUAUUAAGGAAAACUUGAAUAGAAAGUGCCCCGCUUGUCGAAGAGAAUACACCAACGAAGGCGCUAAAUUUCAGCCUGUCGCUGCAGAAGACGUCAAACGCAUCGAACGCCAGAAAAAAUCGAAGGAGAAGGAGAAAAAGGAGCUUGACAACCUCGGCAGAUCCAGAUUAGCCGAUGUUAGAGUUAUUCAACGCUCUUUAGCUUAUGUAGUUGGCUGGCCUCAGUCUUUCUCCGAAGAAAUGCUGCCUUUACUCAAAUCCCCUGAUUACUUUGGUCAAUACGGACGCAUACUAAAAUUAUCACUUACAAAGAGACCUCCUUCAAGUCACUCUAUCUCUGAUAGCCCUAUCGUUGGUAUUUACAUAUUAUACCAAAGAUCUGAAGAUGCUUUACUUGCCAUAAAUUGCGUCGAUGGUGUAAACCUUAUUGAUCCUGCUCAAGGUGGUGUUUUAAGAGCAAGCUACGGUACUUCAAAGUAUUGCACCAACUACUUGCGCAAUAUUUUCUGCUCUGAUCCAAAUUGUUCUUUACUUCACGAACCUGCAGAUGAGAAUGAUAGUUUCACAAAGGAAGAUUUAACUUCUUCCUCUUUCCCUGCUGGUGAUACCGGUGGCGCUGGCGGUUUCAGGAGACCUUUUGCCAACGCUGCUCCAUUACCAACCCCACCACCACCACAACAUUAUUAUCAAAAUUCUCAUCAUUUCAAUCAAAAUUCUUCUACGCAGCAUAAUCAACCAAAUUACAAUACUCCUACUAUACGCAGGCCUCAAAUACAUGAUAUUGAAACCACUCAUGCUCAACAACUACCAAAAUCUGCUUCAUGGGCUAAACCAGGUAGUCAACCUACGAGCGCUUCAACAGCUAGUACAAUCACCAACUUACCCACAUCUCAAUUCCCUACACCUUCACAAUCAUCCCACUUAUCUUCCAUUCGUCGAACUCCAGUCUCUUCGAAUCCUCCGAAUAGAAUCAUUCGUCCACAAUUUCAAAGUCAAAAUUCAAAUCAAAAUAUAAAUCAAGUUAUGCGAUCAAAUGCGAAUUAUGACAAACCCUUAUCAAGACCUUCUUCAGUUGUUCAACAAAGUAGUAAUAAUCAAUCACCUGAUUUGAAUAAUCUUAUACCAAAGCAGGUACCAGUGAGUACAAGUGCAACAGUUUCUCCAACUGGUCCUCCGCCUGGUUUGUCAAAACAAUCACCUGCACCACCACCACCUGGAUUAUCCUCUAAACCAAUUACUAUGUUACCACCUGGUUUAUCACCAAGUUUACCACCUCCUGGCUUAGCUGGGCUUUCUCCACAUCCAAUGCCUGUGCAACCAAUGAAAAAGAGUCGGGAUGACGAAAUUGAUGAUGUUUUAUCGCUCUUCAAGUCAGGUGGAAACGACUUUAGCUUUAGCAUGGGUGUUGAGGAUAAUAACAAUGCUCUUCACAAGUCGCCGCUGCAGCAGUCUAACCUUAGUAGACCUGUCGAUAGUCAGAAUGUACUAUCAUCUGUUAGUUAUUUGUUCGGUAAUGAUCCUUCAAUAAGCUAUAUGUCAACUUAUGAUCACUUUCAACGUAAACAAGUGUCACAGCAGAGAAAUGUUCAGCAACCUUCAGUCCAAACCUCACCUGGACCAAUCUACACUGGGGCAUUUAAUCCAUUCGAUGAAACAUUUGCACCGUUUGGAUCAUUCCCAAAUUCUCAGCUAAAGCAGCAGCAACAACAACAGCAUCAGAAACAGCAGCAUCAACACCACCCACACCCACAACACAUAGAUCAGCAUAGUCAUAGUAGUAUAGAUAAGCAGUUUGAACAGAUGAAUUUGGCUGGAAUGACGCAGGCUCCAGUUCAUCAGCCACAUCACAUACAUCAUCCGCCUCCACCUCCACCUCCACCUGGACUGAGAUCAUUUGGAUACAGUCAAGAUGAAAAUAUCAGAAGAUCAUCUCGAUUUGAUUUUGCCAGAAGUGAACAGCAGCUUGGUUCGUUCGAGGAUCCAGCUCACGACUUGCUCGUGGAUGCUCAGCCGGGUGCAGGUAGCAGUGGUGCUCCAUCGAGUGCCAUGAUGUUUGAGCAGCAACAUCAACAACAACAGCAACGCAACUCUCCUGCUCUGUCUCGCAACAUGGUCAACGGCCCACCUCCAGGCAUCGCAGGACCACCGCCAGGUCUUGGAAACAACUCGCCAAUGCCAUCGCAAGCGUCCACAUAUGACAUACCUUUUCAGGAUCCAGCAAUCAUGUCAAUGUCAUCUCCAUCUCCACAUGCUGAAUUAAUGUUUGCGCAAGCCCAACAACAACAACAACAACAACAACAACAAGUCACACCAACUCCGCACUUAUCUCAGAUACAACAACCUCCUCCUGGGUUCGGUAUGGGAAUGGGUAACGCAACAUUAAAUCAACUGUUUAAUAUACCUGCUAACAGCCCACCUUCACAAAGUAAUUUACCACCACCUGGUUUAAGUCAACAACAGCGCAAUCAAGAUGAUGCACGUGCUCAAUUGUAUAGUCUUUUACAAGGGCGUGCAAAUCUAGGCGGAGUUUGA